GAAAACAGCGACUCACUACCCGAGUACCGAAACAAAAAUGGCCUUCGCUGUUGCUACCUCCCGCAAGGCUCUGCAGGUUGCCUGCAAGGCGACGGGCAAGAAGUCCGCUGCCAAGCCCGCUGCCCCCAAGAGCUCUGGUGUGGAGUUCUACGGCCCCAACCGCGCCAAGUGGCUGGGCCCCUACAGCGAGAAUGCCACCCCCGCCUACCUGACCGGCGAGUUCCCCGGCGACUACGGCUGGGACACCGCCGGCCUGUCGGCUGACCCCGAGACCUUCAAGCGCUACCGCGAGCUGGAGCUGAUCCACGCCCGCUGGGCCAUGCUUGGCGCCCUGGGCUGCGUGACCCCCGAGCUGCUGGCCAAGAACGGCGUGCAGUUCGGUGAGGCCGUGUGGUUCAAGGCCGGCGCCCAGAUCUUCCAGGAGGGCGGCCUGGACUACCUGGGCAACCCCUCGCUGGUGCACGCGCAGAACAUCGUCGCUACCCUGGCCUGCCAGGUCAUCCUGAUGGGCCUGGUUGAGGGCUACCGUGUGAACGGCGGCCCGGCCGGCGAGGGCCUGGACCCGCUGUACCCCGGCGAGUCGUUCGACCCCCUGGGCCUGGCUGACGACCCCGACACCUUCGCCGAGCUCAAGGUCAAGGAGAUCAAGAACGGCCGCCUGGCCAUGUUCUCCAUGUUCGGCUUCUUCGUGCAGGCCAUCGUGACCGGCAAGGGCCCCCUCGAGAACCUGGCUGACCACCUGGCCAACCCCGGCGUCAACAACGCCUUCGCCUUCGCCACCAAGUUCACCCCCUCCGCCUAAACUUGGUUCGCCAAGCCGUUGCUGUUUGCCGUUGGUGGUUGCAGUCUAGGUCUGCAUGCGGUAGCUUGCGCUUGCUGACCUUGUUGCCAUCGCCAGGAUUUUGAGCUCAAUUUUGUCUCUGGUUGGAGAGUGAGCGUUUCCGUUCGACAGUGCAUUGACUCGACAUGUGUGCGUCCGUGACAUGACCAUUUACGAAGCGGCCCUGAGGGCAUUGAGAAGACCAAUCUAUUGGAGCAUAGCUCCCAGGCUUGCCUCCGUCUGUAAAUAUGUCUGCAAGAA